AUCAUAAUGGGCUUACUAUUGGCCAAUAAGAGAACAAGGAUACGCGAUUACAAUUUACAUUUAGAAGUGCCGCAGACGAUUAAAGCUGUCAAUCAAUCGCCAAUGUUUAACUAUAAAAGGGUGGACACUGUGUCUUUGGUUUUAAAAAGAUUCAAAAUGAGGAACUUGCAUAGUUUGCUUAUAAUCCUAACAGUUGGCGCAGUACAGGUGUCCAACCAAGUCAUGGAGUCGUCCGUUAUUACAAACUUUGUUGUGAACUUGGCAAAAACCAAAGAUGCCGUUAUAUUUUCGUGCUCGGAAAAAGAUUUACUGCAGACUUCUCUUGCCCUGAUGGGAUAUAAUCAAUUUGUUUUUCCUGUACAUAUUGACAAGCCAUUUUUCUUACCAACUAUUUUAACAAAGGAUAACUUCGCUCGGACAACUGUUAUAGUAAAUACAGGAUGUAACGGUUCUGUAGAACUUUUAGCAGAAGCAUCUAGAUACAGAUAUUACAACAAAACGUACCAAUGGUUACUUUGGGGAAUUGAUAGAGAAAUUGAUAAUCUUCUGCCGCCUGAACUGGAUUACAUUGGCCCAAAUGCCCAGAUCACAUAUGUCAAUACGACAAAAAAUGAAUAUUUAUUGUGGGACGUUCAUUCCAAAGGUCGGCAUUUGAAAUCGGUACUCGAACUUAAUCUGAUAGCAAUUAUAGUGAAUAAUGAUAAUGGAAGCAGUCGAUUGAAUAUUGAAAACGAUAUUUUCGAACUACAAGGCAGUGAAUAUCGCAACCAAUUUAAUGGUCUAACGCUACGAGGAGCAUCGGUUAUCGACCAGGAGGAUAUUACCACCAAUGAACAAAUCGAAGCGAUUCUCUCACGACCCGAAAAGGAUUCUGGAGUAGCAGCAUUCGUAAAAUAUCACUAUGAGUUACUGAGACUUUUACGGGAUCGUUUUAAUUUUUCUGUUAAUUUCCGCAACUCCAGGGGUUGGGCGGGACGACUUGGCAACUCAACAUUUCGCCUUGGUCUAUUGGGAACUAUUAUGAGAAAUGAGGCAGAUAUAGCUGCAUCCGGUGCCUUUAAUCGGAUUAACCGAUUUGCCGAGUUUGAUACCAUUCACCAAAGUUGGAAAUUCGAGGCAGCGUUUUUAUAUCGUUUCACUCCAGACUUGGAUACACAUGGAAAGAGUGGUAACUUUCUUGCGCCUUUUAGCCAGAAUGUAUGGUUCUUUACCGUAGGUACAUUGGCUGUAAUAAACUUUACUUGGAUCCUCUUUGAAAGUAUUACCAGCAGGAUUAACAAGAUGUUGAAAUUCACAAAUUUAACAAGAGUAGGAGAAAUAACUAAAAUCAAUUGGUCUGAACGCAGUCUACAGACUUUUGGAGCUGCAUGCCAGCAGGGAAUGGAUCCUAUUCCUAAGGAUAUGCCAUCCCGUUCUUUGGUCGUCACUAUAUUUCUGUUCUCCCUGGUUAUGUACAACUAUUAUACAUCCUAUGUAGUUGGUGGAUUGCUUAGCUCAUCAGAUCAGGGACCUGCUACAGUUGAUGAAAUCACUUCGAGUCCAUUAAAACUAUCUUUUGAAGAUAUAGGAUACUACAAAGUCUUAUUUCGAGAAAGCGAGAACCCUGUGGUGAAAAGACUUAUUAGAAAGAAAUUAUCUUCGGCAAGAUCUCCUAAUGAUUUACAAAUCUACACGCAUAUCGAGGAAGCUGUUCCAUAUCUUAAAACUGGCGGCUUUGCGUUUCAUUGUGAAGUUGUCGAUGCCUAUCCAAUGAUUGCUGAACUGUUUGAUGCCACUGAAAUAUGUGAUUUACGUGAAGUAUCUGGUCUAAUGAAUGUUGAAAUUUUAAAUUGGAUAGUACCUAAAAACAGCCAGUAUACAGAAAUUUUUAGAGCUGCAAUGUGUUAUGCCCGAGAAACUGGCCUGGUAGAGCGAAUUCUAACACGACGCCAAAUGAAAAAGCCAACUUGCCAGUCCUUGUAUACUGUUUACCCAGUUACCUUAUCAGGAGUGACCUCAGCAUUUAUUACGCUGAUAAGUAAUUACAAGAAAAGAAAAAAAACAAAAUAAUGCAAGUUAUUAUAUUAAUAUUAUUCACAUUCGUUCAGCUGGAAUGGUCUUUUCUCUAUUCAUCCU